AUGGCAGCUGCAGAUUACUUUACAUCAGGCCCCAGGCCUCCGCUGGACCAACAGAACAAUAGCCCAUAUGGGCCUCCACAACCUCAGAGAAUACACUCAUCGCAGCCUGGAUAUGGUUACAGACCUGGUCAACCAGGCCAACUGAGCCCACAGUUUGGCGUUCAGCCGCCAUCUCCGUAUAUUCCUCCUCCUGCCUACCAGCCUCUCAACACCGACCCGAAGGUCCAUUUCGCUGCCACGCCUGGACAGCCUCGACCUUCUCACUCCAGCCAGCCGAUAUAUUCCCUCAAUCAGCCCAACUUCCAAGCCAAUCCUGCGCAGCAACUAAAUCCAUAUCCUCCAGGCCCAUAUGUGCCUCAAGCCUAUCAACACCAGUCCUACGGGCCUCCUCACCAUCGACCCCACCACAGACCAUCGCACAGUGACCCUUCUGGCUCCGGCUACUCUUCAGAUCCCGAGCCGAACAGGAGAAAGCACAAGGAGCGAAGCCGUCGCAUCUCAGAUCACUCACGGUCUACCAACGCGGAUGGCUUCCUCGGCGCCACGGGCGGCGGUCUGAUAGGCGACCUGAUUUUCCCUGGGCUCGGCACGAUCGGUGGCGCGUUGGUGGGAUGGGUCGGUGGCAAGGACUACGGCAAGCACAGGAAGUGGAGAGAAGAAAAGAGGGAACGGGAGCAGGAGCGCUGGGAGAGGGAAUACGGCAGGAGGAGCAGCCACAGUCACAGUCGGUCGCGGAGUCACAGCAGGGAUCGGGACAGGGACAGAGACGCGCACGACCGGGGACACAGUCACGGUCGACAUGACGGACGGAAACACAGCCAUGAGAGACGGAACGGCUAG